ACGAAACAUGUCGGCACGCGGAGGGCAGUGGAUUGCGGCAGGUGCUAUUGUAGUUUUGGGGAUCGGCAUUCUGUUUUAUCUGAGUCGCAAGCAGAGAAAAAAGCCAGAAAACGUACCAGAAACAAGUAAGAAAAGUCAAAAUGAUAUUCAAAAGGCAGAUGAUUCUAAAUCAAAAUGCGAUACAUCUACAACCAAGGGACAGAAAACAGAAGAAGAAAAAUCUUCCCCUCCAAUCAGAGCAAAAGCUGUAGAUGAACACGAAACAAGAAUACCUUCACCAAAAAUUGAGGAUUCAAAAUCUGGGACAGAAGCAAAUAAAAAGUCAGGUGAUGAAAAGAAAACAAAAAUACCAGUUCCUAAAUCUCUAGGGAAAAUAGAAGAUGAAUUUAAGCCAGUCAUAGAAAAACCACUCCAAGCAGACAAUAUGUCUAAUGUCAGUUCUGCUUCUGUGUCAAGUCCUGGAAAUCAUUCUAAAACUAGGAAGAAUGAACAACAGCAUGAAGCCUCUUCUCCACUUUGUGAAAGACUAGAAAAAACAGCUCCACCAGAGGCUGAAAAAACAGUAUCUCUAAAUGCAAGUCCAGGAAAAUCAACAGUAUCUACAAACUCAUUUCAAAAGUCAACACAAAUGUCUCCCAGUGAACAGUCUCAGGUUCAAACCAAGAUAGAAGAUGUUGGACCAGUUCUCUCUCCAAAUGCGAACUCUUCUCCCUCACCACCAGGUGGGGUCACAAAAUCAGAAACUUUGCCCUCCGGACCAAUUCUGUCUCCUACUCAAAGAGUACCAGCACAGUCCCUUAAAUAUGACAAAGUCCACAUACCAAAAACAAAGAAUUUUUCCGCAGAAGAAAUAACAGAUGCCUUGCUGCUUGCCCAGAACUCGCCUGGUAUGCUGUCAGCCGAGAAUGCUGACAUAUUGGUCUCAGUGCUUACGCACCCAGAUCCUUCAUUGCAGCUGUCUGCAUUGAUGGGUAUUAACAAAUGCUCAACUUUUACAAGAAAUCAGAAUCUCUUAAGAGAACAUGGUUGUUUAUCCCAGCUGAGUCAGUUGUUGCGACAACAAGUACAGAAUCUCGAGAACAUGUCCCAGAAUGCAUCAGCCGGUGAGGAGGAUCCAGAAAAAUCCAAGAAGAAACCUAACAAUAUGUCAGAGAGGUUCAUGAAUCUGCUGGCUACUGCCAUCAACAAUCUCUCCUCCAAUGAAGAAAAUCAUAAACAGUUUGAGGACUGCGUACCGAUGCUGGUUGACAUAGCACUGGAGGAGGAGACAGGGGAAUCAGUGCGCCUGUCCUCGCUUCAAGCCCUCACUAACCUCUCAGUGAUGGACCACCACCACAACCACUACACCCGAAUCAUUCAGAAACUCUACGACUUCUUGGAUGAUAAUAGUGCAGGAAUCCGUCUACAGGCAGCCAAGAUCCUCGUCAACCUGUCCUGUAACUCUGAACUCGUACCACACAUGCUGGCUGCUAAGGCACCAUCAUGUGUACUUGACCUGUUGAGAACCACGGCAGAUGAGGCUCUGGUUCUCCGGUGGACCACGUUUUUGGCCAACAUCCUUCACACAGUGAAGGAGUUCCACCUGUCUGCCUCCUCCCUACCCCCCGACGACAAGGCCCCCAGCCCCGAGACCAUGUACUCGGCUCUGUAUGGCAUGAACAACAUUGGACACAUUAAGUCUAAGGUCUUCCUUUUGUGUCAGCAUAAAAACGAAGACAUCAAACACCAGGCCUCAAGAAUUUACCAGACUCUGAAUGCCAAGUAAACUGUGUUUUAAAGUUUGUGUGAUUUGUGUGAAAAAGAUGAGAGUUUCUCUGUUAUUUUUAGUUUACUGUACAGUGUGUAUAAAGACUUAUAGAAUGACAUACAUACACUCAAAGUGUUUUAUAAAAUAUGUAAUACUAUAUUUUUUGUUAAGAUACUUUCAAUGGAUUGUUGUGUCUUUCACUACAUGCAAUUUUGCAUGUGGAAUUUUUACUGGGGUUGUAAAUUUCCAAUUAAAAUUUAUCCCUACA